UGAAAUGCUAAACAGCCUCUGGAAUCCAGGAGCCAAAUUAUGAAAGUCAGGGUGGGGGAUGGCCCCUUCCUAUUGGCUGGGUGUUUAGCCAGAGGUCUGGCUUUCAAAUAAAAGAACCACUGAAGUCAGGCAAAGAGUGCUAGUCAAAACAGCGAACAAAGAAGAUGGCAAGAAUAUUGAUUCUUUUGCUUGGGGGUCUUGUGGCUCUGUGUGCCGGGAAUGGAGUAUUUAUGGAUAAACUUUCUUCUAAGAAGUUGUGUGCAGAUGACGAGUGUGUCUACACUAUUUCUCUUGCUAAAGCACAGGAAGAUUACAAUGCCCCAGACUGUAGGUUCAUCAAUGUCAAGAAAGGGCAGCAAAUCUAUGUUUAUUCCAAGCUGGUGAAAGAAAAUGGAGCUGGAGAGUUUUGGGCUGGCAGUGUUUAUGGUGACCACCAGGAUGAGAUGGGAAUUGUGGGUUAUUUCCCCAGCAACUUGGUUAAAGAGCAACAAGUAUAUCAGGAGGCCAUCAAGGAAGUCCCAACCACGGAUAUCGACUUCUUCUGUGAAUAA